AUGCUACUUCUAAUACUUGUUGCCAUUAUAUCGUUAAACACAGAUGUUAUUGCUGUCACACGAGAUGGUCGAUGUCCUCAACCACAAUUUGUGUCCAGUGGUUUACCAUGCUCAACUGAAGGAGAAGAUGAUGUUUGUCCAUGGAACUAUAAAUGUUGUCCAUUGACAGAUGGUAUGAAAUGUUUUGGUCCAUGUCCUAAUUUUACUGAGCCAUGUAACCUUGAAUGUCCAUUUGGUUUAAAAGUUGAUCCAUCACCAUGUACUGUUUGUGAAUGCGCACCAGAUCCAUGUCUUUCAGCAUCAUGUCCUCUAGGAACAAAAUGUAUUACACAAGAAUAUGAACCAUGUGCUAUCAAAGGUAGAUGUGGUUUCAAAACUGAAUGUGUCAUCGAUCCAUCAAUUCAUGUUGAUCCUACUCCAAAACCUAACAAAUGCCCCGAUUAUUGGCCGAUAAUGGGUGGUGGUUUACAAACAUGCCUUGGUCCAGAUGCUUUAUGUCCUGGCAAACAAAAAUGCUGUGAAGCUCCUUCUAUGAACCACUUCAAUUUAGAACAUUCAGCUGUAAGUUAUUGUGUUGAACCAUGUGAAGAUAUAUCGAAGUGUACUCUACAAUGUCAACAUGGAUUGGUGAUUGAUGGUGGUUGUCGUCUGUGCCGAUGUGCUCCUGAUCCUUGUGAAAAAAUAAAAUGUGCUCCAAAUGAAGAAUGCCGAUUACUUCCAACACCAUGUGCUUAUUAUCCAGGACGACCACCAUGUGCUAUGAUGCCUGUAUGCAUGAAAAAAAAUUGA